AUGAGCGACCUGCAGGCCACCUUCGAGUUCUCUGUCGAACUCUACAAGUUCUACAAUGUCGACCUCUUUCAGAGAGGACUUUAUCAAGUGCGCGUGGGGCUCCGUGUGUCUCCGAAGGUACCAGUGCACAUCGAGGCAUCAGUGUCGAGUGGCAAUGGAGCCGCGCGCACUGGCCGACCGGCCGCCAACGCGUCGCUGGUCGGCGGGGUGGCUGCCUCCCGGGCCUUCCAGAUCAUGUACCGCAAUGAAGAGGUCACGCUACGGGACAUCGUGCAUUUUAGAGCUCAUCUUUUAGUGGACAGUAGGAAUCUGAAGGAGUCUCUGGAGAGAGCGGAAUGGAGUCUUGGGGUGGAGUUGUGGUGCAGCGAGGGUGCGCAGUCCAGCACCCUGGCGCCGAUGUCCUGUCGGGUGCUGAAGCUGCACUUCCAACCUUCCCAAGGCCUCCACUACCACCUCCCAGUGCUAUUCGACUACUUCCACCUGUCAUCCGUCUCCAUCACCAUCCAUGCGAGCCUAGUUGCUUUACAUCAGCCGUAUAUCAAGAAAAGCAUAAUGCAUUAUGUGCAAAGCUGCACACCACGCUCAAGUAAGCAAUGGGGUAAAUUGAUGAAGAGCGCAGGAUCAUUCAAUACUUCGGGGAGCUUCGAGAAUGUACUGUUUGGAUCCACCGGCAAAUGUGCCGGUGGGAACUCUAGCAAGAUUGCGCAUGCAAGGCAAGUCCACGCCGAAGUAUGCGGAAUCUUGUUAGGGUCACUGGAGGGUCUGCAGAGUGCACUAGCUAUGUGUGGCUCCCCUGGUAUCCUGCUUACUCCUGAAGAGUCCUCCUCCAAUUCUGUAGUGGGAGAAGUCGCGCAGAGGCUAAAGGAUCUUAGCGACUUUGGCAAGAAGUUGGAGAAGUCAGAAUGCGGCGAGGAGGAGGAGUGGGCGAUGAGCGCGGCGCACGACAUCGCGCGGCUGUGCGCGGAGGUGACGCUGCGGUGGCGCGCCUUCCUGCACCACGCCUCCGACCGCCCGCACGUGCACCACGCGCUCGCGGCCCGCCACCAUGCGCUGCGCAUAAAGCGGUUCUCAGAAUGCUUUUUCGUGCUGGACAACCCUCGUCACUCGCUGGCGGGGUGCUACGACAGCAACUACCAGUCGUACCAGAGCGUGGGCGAGGCGGCGCGUCGCUCGCGGUACUUGGCGCUACUGCCGCCGCUACCUGUACACUGCAUCGCGCUCGACGGGGACCCACACAUCAUGCCCAUCAUAUUCGAGGACAGAUACCAAGACACAGCAGAAUUCGCGCGACGUCGUUCGUUUCUGAAUUCGAGUGCAAGCAAAUCCGGAAGCGAUCCUUUCCUAUGUUCGGAGCCCCUUGGAGAUGACUGUGCAUGUAGUGUAAGUUCACUCAUGGACUCCAGAAGACCAUCUUCCGAAGCCUCCAGAGUUACCCUCACACUGCCCAAAACAAUCAUCAAGCUUUGCGAACCAAAGUUUAACACACCCAAAUCCGGUUCUGGUGUCGUUACAGCAACAUUAACAUUAGCUCCCCAAAAAUCAGCCCACGGAUCCCCCAAACGAGCCUUAGUGAAACAAAAUGUUGUCGAACUACCCAAGGCACAUAAUAAACAACUCGAGCUCACCGGACGAAAUAGAUACAUUGUGCAGAACAACCUCAUCAACGAGAUCCAACUACCACCAAACAACGCGUUCGCUUCAUGCACGAUACAACAAGGACAGACGAUGUCACGAUACUCUGCAUCGACCUUGCUUGACAUUAGUACAGCAAAAAGUGCUUCUAACGUGUCGCACCUAGGCAAGGAGCAAUCAGAACCAGGACUUGAAGUAUUUCGGCAAAAACACGAAAUCACUAGCGGGGUGAGCACUCUACCAGCUAGACACAGCAAGUCACUGGAUCAACUGCGAGUGUCUCAACUAGCGCCUCUCAAUACUACGCAAACGUUGACUAAGAAUGUGAGAAACGGUUCUAAUUCGUCCGUUAACUAUCCAAAACCGUACUUACCACCGCAGCAAGUAAAGCCUACCACAUUGCCAAGAAGUGUUACAACUAGUGCUUACCCAACAAAUACAACGACUAGAUGCAGUUCCAAAGGAGAUGACUAUAGAAGAAAUAUAAGUGAAUUUAGAGAAAAAUACAAAAAUCCUUGUAUCAAGAAAGUUGGACAUGGAAUCAACAAUGAAGUGUUUCAUAAUGUAGGCUAUAAGUACGAUGGAGUGAUGAAACCGAAUCCUAACCAAGUGUACGGCUAUACUUUCGGUAAUCAGGGUAAUCUGCAAGUAAACAAUGUUAUUCGUAAUCCGUUAGAGUUUCAAAGAGGCUACAGUGUAAAUUUACCCCGUCCUAUGUUGCCUCCACGUAAUUCUUACCCACCGGUUAGUGGUAAAAAUCAAGUGACUGAUCAAAAUAACUUAGUUUCUAAUAAACACGUACAUAGAUCAAAUUCUACGCAUGUGUUUCAUCAAAAAGUGGAAAAUCAACAAAUUGACAUUGAAGCUGCUCGUAAUCAACUUCGGCAUGAGCUCAACUACUACUUACAAAAAGGUGAUUGGAGUUAUGAUUUCAAUACAGGAAGUUUAAUUCAAAAUUACCAAAAGAAAUCUAGUAAAAGCAGUGAUGAUAGUGGAUUUGUGAUGACUUUAGAUAGAAGCAGCGACGGAACAUCUAAAUCAACGUAUUCAAAAACUCCGCCAUCUACUCCACACUCAACGAUGCCAUCAGUUAGGCAUAAAAAGAGCCGAUCUAAAGAGUCUAAACUAAAUAAUAGUGCAAAAGAAAAUACCAAAAUUAACUCAAGUAGAGAUUCAUUGAGCAGUCACCAUUCAAUAAAAUCUCGAGACAGUAAAUCCGAUCGUCACACAUCAAAAUCUGAACGAAGUACUCCAAAAUCUGAUCGUGCCACACCACGAUCUGGCAAAUCUACGCCCAAAUCCGGUGGGUAUACACCAAAAUCAGGUUUAGCUACACCUAAAUCUGGUAGAGCUACUCCAAAAUCUGGUGCUACGACACCAAAAAGUGGUAGAUCGAGUGGAAAACCAGAAAAACGUACGAAACACAAACCCUCAGAAAAAAUGACUCAGUUGAUGUCGGAGGCUGCAUCAUCGUCCAGCAACGAAAGUAUACCCUUUGAGUUGAGAAGAUUAGAAUCGUCUACCAGUGUCCCUUAUAGCCUCGAUCACGGACCUGAAUUAUUACGACAUUGUAGAAGUGCAGCAUCUGUGUUAGAUGAACCAAAUUUAAAUAAUACAUUUGGAUCCGAAUCUUUACCUAAUUUAGCCCCACCACCUGCAUUUGAGUCGCCUCCACUUGAUAUAGCCGAUAAAGAUUUUAAAAUAUUGCCUCCCAAAAACUUUCUAAAUAAUGAAGAAAAACGUCGCAGAAGCACAUCUACUUCGAGUUUAAGUGAACAAAGUGGAUGGGUCUCUAGUGGCCGUAGUUCAGGUCCUUCCUCUCCUGAUAAUGCAAGUUGUCAAUUAAAUCAGAAUUUCGUAGCUACGAAACCAACAACAUCAAAAUCAUCUAGUAAAAACUAUGAAGAUACAGGUGACAUUGGAAAGCAUGAUGGUGAAACUAUCAGUGAUUUCAAACGAACAGUCCUUAACGGAGAUCAGCUACGAGAACGACUUUUAAAGUUAGCCGUGAAAGUGGCUCAAAACACUUCAAACGAGAAAAUAGAAUGCUGUGAUAAGGAAGUGUGUGAAGAAUGUACCAUCUGUAGCGACUCUAUAUGCACAGACAGCCAGUGCGAAUAUAAUAAACUGGUGCACAGUAAUGGCAUCGACGCGGGGUGCAACUCUGACACUUGUACUGCGAGCUGUUUUCAACAAAUAGCAGAAGCUAACGCAGUAAAAGGAAAUCAAAGGCACAACUCAUUUAGUGCUGUACAAGGUAAAACUUACAGCUCUUCAUCUAAAAGUCUAAAUGAGGGGACGGUUAAAAAAUCGCAAACAAUAAGUGACAAUUUACACCCUUACAUUAGGAAAGAAAUUCCACAGAAAGCUCAGCCGGCACCUGCGAAAUCUCAGUCGCUGGAUAAAACUAAAUUGAAAGAUCGAAUACAGUAUACGGAAAAAUUAAUAGCGGCUGAGAUACGGAGUUUGACAGUGGAUCGCUCUUGUGUCAAAACUGGAAGCCACAAGAAAGGCAGUUCUGGCUCAGGGCAGAAGUAUCCGAAUAAAGCUAAAUCUGAAAUUGACUUAGCCCACUUCAUGGGCGACAAUGAUUACGAACAUUUACCUCCUCCGCAACAGUUUAGAGAUGCUCCACCUCCUCCAGACGAAUUUAAGGAUCCGCCGUCAAAAUCUCCGAAGCUGAGCAGACAAAGCAGCAAGUCGUCUACUCCGUCGAAGACACCGAGGAAGCAGCAAGCACAGGCUUCCUCGCUUCAGUUGGACAACCCUUUGUAUCACGUGUGUGAAGGUUUAAUGGAGAGGCGGAAACUGAGGCCUCAUCAGUCAGUAAACUCUAGCAGCGCGCCCUCUGCUGGCACGCUUAAUAAAAGUCAGAGCACCGGGGAGUUGGCGAGCAGAAACGAUACCGAACAAAGAGAAAGUAAUCUCGUCAGUAUAUUCGGUCUGGCCGAAUCUGAAAGGCUAUUCGUGAAAUGCAGAGAGGAGUUUAGACAAAGCGUGAAGUACCCGGGAGCUAUCUACUCGGACUUCCCGCCGGUUGAGAACUCUUUACCUUACUUCCAUAUCAGCGACGAGUAUAGAAUGUUCAAUCCGGAGGGGCUCCACCUUAUAAUCUGCGUUCACGGCUUAGACGGUAACGCGGCGGACCUCCGUCUGGUAAAGACAUACUUGGAACUAGGUCUGCCUGGGGCAAGGCUAGACUUCCUCAUGUCUGAAAGAAACCAAGGAGACACUUUCUCCGACUUUGACACUAUGACAGAUAGACUAGUGCAAGAGAUCUUGACUCACAUUCAAAAUUCGAGUGAUCCAGCUCGAAUAAGUUUCGUGGGUCAUUCUCUGGGUACGAUCAUCAUUCGCUCGGCACUGGCCAGGCCACAGAUGAAGCCAUAUCUCUCCAAACUGCACACCUUCCUGUCACUCAGUGGACCUCACCUAGGGACUCUAUAUAACUCCAGUGGACUGGUUAAUGCUGGUAUGUGGUUUAUGCAGAAAUGGAAGAAGUCGGGCUCUCUGCUGCAACUGUCUCUCCGGGAUGCGUCAGACCCUCGGCGGUCGUUCCUCUACCGGCUGAGUGAGAGGAGUCAGUUGCAUCAGUUCAAACAUAUCCUGCUCUGUGGCUCCGGACAAGACCGAUACGUUCCACUGCACUCCGCAAGAUUGGAACUCUGCAAAGCCGCAGCUAAAGACACAUCACUUCUAGGACAAGCCUACAGGGAGAUGGUGCACAACAUGGUGUCCCCGCUGGCGCGCGCGGCGGGCGGCGGCGCGGCCGUGGUGCGCUACGAGGUGCAGCACGCGCUGCCGCACACGGCCAGCGCGCUCGUCGGCCGCGCCGCGCACAUCGCCGCGCUCGACUCCGACCUCUUCAUCGAGAAGUUCCUGCUUGUCUCCGCGCUCAAAUACUUCCGAUAA